AAUCCUUGUGCCGCUGCUGUACUUUUAUGGCCUCUCAUCGCAUCGGCGCGCGCGUCGCGGGCCUCUCGCCAGAGCAACUGUGCGCCAUCAUCGAGGCGCAGGCGGACGCGAGCGACGCCGCGCUGCGCGUGGCGGAGGAGCACGCCGUACGGCUCGUGGAGCAGCCCGAGUGGGUGCUCUCCGAGGUCCUCCUCUCGCCGGACCUCGCCCCGCACAUCCUCGCCCAGCUGCCGACCACGGCGCACGCCGUCAAGGGGACGUGCCGCGCGUGGCGCCGCGGCUGGAAGGAGACGCUGAAGAAGCGCGAGGGGCCGCGCCUCGUCGUGAUCGGCGGCCACGGCAGCGAGGGUGGGACUGUCAGCUCGCUUGAGCGGUACGACCCGUCGACAAACGAGUGGGCGGAGGAGGCGGUGGCGCCGAUGCUGACGGCACGAGGGGAAGCCGGCAUGGCGGUGCUCGAUGGCAAGCUGUACGCUGUUGGCGGGUACAACGACGACUGGCUCACCUCGGUGGAGCGGUACGAUCCGGCGGCGAACGCGUGGGAGGCGGUGGCGCCGAUGGCGACGGCACGCGAUAAUCCCGCCGUGGCGGUGCUCGACGGCAAGCUGUACGCUGUGGGCGGGUACGGCGGCGACGGCGGCACCCUCAGCUCGGUGGAGCGGUACGACCCCGCGCCAAACGCGUGGGAGGCGGUGGCGCCGAUGGCGGCAGGGCGAGCUGUUGUCGGCAUGGCGGUGCUGGACGGCAAGCUGUACGCUGUGGGCGGGUACAACAACGGCUCCCUCAGCUCGGUGGAGCGGUACGAUCCGGCAGCGAACGCGUGGGAGGCAGUGACGCCGAUGGCAGAGGCGCGGAACUCUCUCGCCGUGGCGGCGCUCGACGGCAAGCUGUACGCUGUGGGAGGCCAGAACUACGACCUCCUCAGCUCGGUGGAGCGGUACGACCCGGCGACGAACGCGUGGGAGGCGGUGGCGCCGAUGGCGGAGGCUCGCGCAAUCCUCGGAGCUGCGGCGCUCGAUGGCAAGCUGUACGCUGUGGGCGGGUACGACGAGAACGAGGCCCUCAGCUCGCUUGAGCGAUACGACCCCGCGACGAACGCGUGGGAGGCGGCUGCGCCGUUGACGACCGCACGAUCUUUUCAUGGCAUCACCGUGGCGUAGGGUUCUCUGGAGGGAGAGGAAGCUCGCAAAAGCCUCGCGGCCGCCGCUGGUGACGCCGCGGCCCCACGCACCCCACACAAAGAAGGGCGGAAACUCCCUCGCGCCUGCAGAGAGCGCGCGGCCGCCGCCGCCGCCGCUUCUAGCCGCCUCUCUCGUGCUCUCCGUCUCCCGACCCCAGCCCCACCCCGCUUUCCCUCGCUCCCUCUGAGCGCGCCCCGCCG